AUGUUACUACUAAUUCGUGGAUCCUCUGGGGAGCCUCAACAACAUGAUGCUGACGAGGCAGAAAGGUCUCUCUCCAGAUCAGAACACCUUAAGAAAAACCAUCUGAUACCCACUGGGAAGAAAUCUCACUGCUGCUCUGACUGUGGGAAACGUUGCAAGUUUUCAUCAGAACUUAAAAUACACCAGCGAGUACACACAGGAGAGAAACCUUAUAGCUGUGAUCAAUGUGGGAGGAGUUUUACUCGGUCAAGCUACCUGAUAGUACAUCUGAGAACACACACAGGAGAGAAACCUUACAACUGCUCUGACUGCGGAAAGACUUUUGUUAAUUUAAUAGAUUUAAAAUCACACCAGAGAACACACACAGGAGAGAAAUCACCAUAUAGCUGUACUCAAUGUGGGAAGAGUUUUACUCGGUCAAGCUCCCUGAUAGUGCACCAGAGAACACACACAGGAGAGAAACUUUAUAGCUGUGAUCAAUGUGGGAAGAGUUUUACUCAGUCAAGCUCCCUGAUAGUGCACCAGAGAACACACACAGGAGAAAAACCUUAUAGCGGUACUCAAUGUGGGAAGAGUUUUGUUGCAUCUUGCGAUCUGACGAUACACCAGAGAACACACACAGGAGAAAAACGUUAUUGCUGUGAUCAAUGUGGGAAGAUUUUUACUCGGUCAAGCACCCUGAUAGUGCACCAGAGAACACACACAGGAGAAAAACCUUAUAGCUGUACUCAAUGUGGGAAGAGUUUUGUUGCAUCUUGCUAUCUGAUGAUACACCAGAGAACACACACAGGAGAGAAACCUUAUAGCUGUGAUCAAUGUGGGAAGAGUUUUACUCAGUCAAGCUCCCUGAUAGUGCACCAGAGAACACACACAGGAGAGAAACCUUAUAGCUGUACUCAAUGUGGGAAGAGUUUUGUUGCAUCUUGCUAUCUGACGAUACACAAGAGAACACACACAGGAGAGAAACUUUAUAGCUGUGAUCAAUGUGGGAAGAGUUUUCCUCAGUCAAGCUCCCUGAUAGCGCACCAGAGAACACACACAGGAGAGAAACCUUAUAGCUGUGAUCAAUGUGAGAAGAGUUUUACUCAGUCAAGCUCCCUGAUAGUGCACCAGAGAACACACACAGGAGAGAAACCUUAUAGCUGUACUCAAUGUGGGAAGAGUUUUGUUGCAUCUUGCCUUCUGACGAGACACCAGAGAACACACACAGGAGAGAAACCUUACAGCUGUACUCAAUGUGGGAAGAGUUUUGUUAGAUCUAGCCAUCUGACGAGACACCAGAGAACACACACAGGAGAGAAACUCUAUAGCAGGAGAUAAAUAAUAAAGCUGUGAUCAUGUGACAAGAGAUACUUUGAUAAAAGAUCUCUGAUCAAACAUCAGAAAAUACAUACAUGAGUUGUUUCAUGAUAUCAAUGAAAUAAUGUCACAAUGUAGAAUGUUUUAACAUUGUAGGAGUACUUUAAUUAAUAAUGUCACAAUGUAGAACCCUAAACAUUUCCCCCUGUUCAAUUUAUUUCAGCGUGAUAUGGAUAUUAGCCUCUGGGAAAAAUCCAGGCUCUGAAUUGAAAGAGUAUUUAUGUGAUUUAACAAAAAGUAAAAAUAAAAAAAAAAAGUUGUGUUACACGUUAAUCAAAAUGUAUCUAGCUGUUUUCUACCAAUUGUCCUCUGACCAGUGAUGUACACAUUAUUCCCAGAUUCCGUGUGGUGUUUGAGCUAUUCGUUUUAACAGGACGUGCAACCUCAUCUCCCCCCUCUUGCGCAAUUGAUUUCAACAUGAUAUCGAUGAAAUAAGUGUUGCGUUCCUUUGUUUAGCGACCCAUAAAUGUAAAUGCAUCACUCCAAAAUGUAGCUGACUGUCUUCUGCAGGUUGUCCUCUAACCAGUGAGGUAAAAGAUAUCUCCCAUUUCCAUGUGUUUUUUUAGUUGUGUUAGUUUCAACAGCAGGUACAACCUGAUCUCCCCCAUAAUCGAUAUCAGUGACUUAUUGUUGGUGCUUGUGCAGUUUAUAAGGUGCUUGUUUUAAUAUGAUUAUUGUGGCACAUUUGUGUAGAUAGUACAGUUUAGGUUUAGGUUUUCAAUAUAUCACAAACUGUUUUUGCAUAUUGGUUAUUGAUUUGGACAUGUUAAAACUGU